UUCACAUAUCCGCGUCGCAAUUUUUCGUUACGUUCCUGGCUCGUCGCGAACCCAAAACCCAAACCCAAUAAAAUUAAAAAUCAUAAAUAAUAAAUGCCAAGAAACGGCAAGGUGAAGUGUCCGCAAAAUGUUGAGUUAUUUACCGGCCGUCUGGCUCCUUUGGGCCAUAUUGGUGCCGAACGCAAUGGGCCAAAUUAUUCCGCUGCCAACUUUUUGUUAUGAUCACAGUCCGGAGUGCACCUGUGCCGCCGAGGCGAACGUAGUGAGGUUCCACUGUCCCGAUGAGUAUGCCAUGCUGCUCGAGGUUUCCGAAUCGGGAACUUCAUUGUACAUGAGUUAUUAUGCCGCGGGUGCAUUGAAUUGGCUGCCGCGUUUCAACAUCAGCGAACUGGUGAAAAUCGAAUUCGAUGCGUAUAGUUUUUGGCCGGAAACGUUUGUCGCCGAACUGCUGGAGACUUUGGGAGUGCAGAAAGUGAAAGCGGUCGUAUUUCGUGAUCGCACCACGGAAACGGUGGUCACGCGGGAUGUUCUCAAUUCCGGCGAUAAUUACCAGGGAAUGUCGCCCGAAAUGAACAUUACCUGCUGGCAUUUCGGAAAGGUACCUGGUCUGCGAAAGUUUAAGUUCUUCAGCAAUGUGGAGGUCCUGCAGGAGUCGAUAUUCCACGGAUUCGAUAGCUUGAAGGAUUUAGUGCUCAACGUGAAUGUGUCAGAGUUGCCGGGAAAUAUGCUCUCCACGGUGAAUGGAACCCUGAAAACGCUGUCAAUCGUGAGUCCCGGAAUGGUUUCCUUCGGAACUCCGCUGCUCCGCGAACUUCAGCAGCUGCGGAACUUGACCCUCGUCCUUACGGAUCCUUUUCGCAUUCGCAACGGUUUCCUGCAGCCACACUUGUUCGGUGCCAUGAAAAACCUGGAGGAAUUGCGAUUGGCCUCGGCCAAUCCGAGAGUGCAUAGGAAAAUGUUCAGGGGAACCCAGAAGUUGGAGCUCAUAAAGAUAAACGGCAACGAGGACCUCACCGAAUUGCCCGCGGAAAUGUUUGUGGAUCAGGUCAACCUGAAAACCCUCGAUCUCUCGUGCAAUGCUAUUGGCACCCUGCACAACGAUACGUUUAAGGGUCUCGCGAACCUAACCCUUCUGGAUCUAUCCAAAAAUAGACUGACUGACUUAUCAAGCACGAUUUUCGCCCCGCUGUCCUCGCUGACUGUUUUGCGUUUGAGCCGAAACUCGCUGACUGCAAUGUCACCAAGUGUAUUCCAGAAUGUAGUCACUCUGAAUUAUAUCGAGAUGGUGAACACCCAAUUUUACGGAGCCACGCUUUUAAUGAAUUACGAGGCGGUGGUCUGCACCAAUGACGAGACCUGUCAAUAUAAAUCGGCUGAUUGGCACUGCGAUCCGCGUUGCAUUUGCUGGGUGCAGCAGGCAAAGAAGAGCUUGAUUUUGGAUUGCCGUGGCACCCAAUUGGGGUCACUCCCGGAAUUACCCUACACCACUCUAGUGACCACAGCAAUUAAGGUGGGCAACAAUAGCCUCACAAGUCUACCGGCAAUCGGCGAACAUAAAGGUUAUGCAAAUGUCAGCUUUCUCUUUUUGGCCAACAACAGCUUGACCACUUUGGGAUCGGGUGACCAGCUCCCGGAGAAUCUUACCCACUUGGAUGUGCGCAGCAAUCAGAUUCAGUCGAUCAGCGAGGAGUUCGUGGAUUUCCUUCAACAGGAAAACAACACGAUGACUUUAACACUUUCGGGAAACCCAAUAUCUUGCGAUUGCUCUGCCUUGCCACUUUUGUUCUUUGUGCGAACCAAUCCCCAAAGGGUUAUGGAUAUCGCGAAUGUCAUUUGCCCCAAGCAGAAUAAGUCCUUCCAGCAGAUGGAGGCUUUCGAGCUGUGUCCUUCGUAUGUCCUGCUCAUCAGCUGUGUGAUCGGUGGCCUGGUGAUUAUUAGCUGCCUGCUCACCGUUUUCUAUCUGAUGUUCCAGCAGGAGCUGAAGAUCUGGCUGUACAAUAAUAACCUCUGCCUGUGGUGGGUUUCCGAGGAGGAACUGGACAAGAAUAAGACCUACGAUGCCUUCAUUUCGUACUCCCACAAAGACGAGGAGUUGAUCAGUAAGCUGAUGCCCAAAUUGGAGGGUGGCCCUCAUCCCUUUCGAAUAUGUUUGCACGAUCGAGAUUGGUUGGUGGGCGAUUGCAUUCCAGAGCAGAUCAUUCGCACAGUGGACGAUUCAAAAAGGGUUAUCAUCAUCCUAUCGCAGCAUUUUAUCGAUUCUGUGUGGGCUCGAAUGGAGUUCAGGAUCGCCUACCAGGCCACUUUGGAGGAUAAACGAAAAAGGAUCAUCAUAAUUCUCUACCGGGAACUCGAGAACAUGAAUGGCAUCGAUAGCGAAUUGAGAGCUUACCUCAAACUGAACACUUACCUCAAAUGGGGAGAUCCACUCUUUUGGAGCAAGUUGUACUACGCGAUGCCGCACAAUCGAAGGGUUCUUAAGGGUCAAAAGAAACAUGCUGGUCCCCUCAUUUGAGCCUAGCUAUUAUAUUUGUAUUUGUAUUUGGAUAUAUUCUCAUGUGUGCUUUACUUCAAAAAUUAAAACGUUAAAGAAGUUUUUUAAACACUAAAGUUUGCCAACAAUAUUGUAUGUCGUUUCAAUAAGUUAAUAAAUUGUACAAAUACAAGCCUCAUGAUAUUUAAACCUAGUGUACAUUAAGUUUCAAUAGUUUAAUAUUUACAUUACUGUAAGCUUAUUUUUAAGUAGGCAAAACUAUAAUUUUCAAAAAAUCGAUAGUAUUUAUGUAAUAUUUACAAAGGCAUAAAAUGCAAUUAUUUAUUAACGAUAGAAAAUAAAUUUAAAUUAAAAAGAACAUUCUUCCGUUAAUGAUAUUAAACAGUUAUUUAUCGACCAAACUGGGCGAUAAAACAUAAAAACCAA